AGUGAUCCAAACGAACGCGAUCUCCCUGUUGUUCUUUAUUGUUCGCCUGAAUUAUUCAUAGAAAGGCUGACCAAAUUCAUGGACCUCAGGUACAAAACGUUACUUGAUCCUUCUUAUGCAAAUUACGACAUACGUGGUCAAGAUUGGGAAUUAGCGCUCGCAUAUAUCCAACGGUUCACGCAUAUAGUACAACAUGCUUUACAACAACUGACAAUAUCAUCCACUAUCUACUCGAAGCUGCGCAAUGUGUUUGAAAAUUUACGCAAACAACAUGGUAAAAUGACAGAGAAAUUCUUUACAAAUUGACAAGCUUAAGCCGAGAGAGAGAGAGAGAGAUAGAGCUCGUAAAACUGAUGUCAUUUAUUCGAAUAGACUGGCGAUUACAAGCUCUAUGGUAUCCUUUAAUGCGCAGUCUGAUUGAUAAGCCGCUUCCUGUAACGCGUGAAUUUAUUGAUAUCACAGGAGGGUUGAAUGGGUUAUUUACGCUUGCAAACGAAGAAGAUGGCGAAAACUCAUCAGUAUCGAAUAAAGGAAGCUACGAUAACGCGCUUUUGGCAGGUUGGUGCGAUGUUUUUCAUACUUGCGGAUUAUCCACUGGUUUAACGGACGAUCUUUUCAAGAACACUCAAUAUUCAACGCAAUGGUCGUAUAAUCUCGUAUCCUUAUGGACUCAUCCGUCUGAAUGUCAAAUUAUUUCAGAAUGCUUUAGAAGAGUCCUAUAUCCAGCUCAUUCUUUGGCCGUACCCGCAGAGUACAAGAACUUGUUACAGUAUUUUCUUGGAAGACUUUACGAUUCUUGCGAAUUUUCUACCAUCAUGAACAAUCACGAUGACCACACAAUUAUACCUUUUGUUCAAAAACUCAGAAAUGAAGAUACCAAAGCCUAUUUUAUUGUAUUGCAUGUUAUCCAGUUAUUAUCAGUACAAUUGAAGUCUUCUACUAAUGAUGCGGCUGACAAGCAUGGCAAGUAUUAUGUGGCCAACUUGGUCAAGAUGUUACAGGUAAUAUGUUCAAUAUGUUCGAACAAGCUCUUUCUUUUAGCGUAGACUAACAAAAAAAAAUGCGCUUAUGAUUAUGCGCGUCUUUUUCCAUUAGGAUCUCACUCACUGGGGCGAAAUAAGUAAGAGAGAAAAUCAGCCACGCUCGUACUCCGCAUUAAAGGAUCUUAUUGUAAAAGGAAGGUUUAAA